AUGUCACGGAAAUUGAUCCGGACUGAGAGAAUGUCAAUACCACAGGCAACCUUCUGGUUCUUGAAGCAUUAUUUACAAGAUCAGACAAGUUUCAAUAUCACUUUCUCUACCCGUAUGUCUGGGGAUUUGCGCAUACCUGAUCUUGAGAAUGCAAUUCGUGUUGUUGGCGAGAAACAUGAGAUUCUGCAGACGUGUUUCUUCGAGCAAGAGCCAGGCGAACUUGUCCAAGGCAUCCUCGAGAAUCCUCCAUUCCACCUUGAACAGAAGGACAUCGAACAUGAAGAUGAAGUCAGGGUAGAAUUUGAAAGGGUCCGAACCCACGUGUACGACAUUGAACAGGGCGAAACACUUCGUGUUGUUCUUUUGAAGUUGUCUCCCGAUACUAAUUACAUCAUCGUCGGGUAUCCUCACAUUGCUUUGGACGGUCACAGUUUCAGCAUAUUCUUCUCUGAGGUCCAAGAAGUGUACAAUGGCAAUCGACUCAAGCCAGCAAUGCUCAGGUAUACCGACUUUGCAAACAAUACACGAAGUGCGAUCGAGGAAGGUUUGAUGGAGAAUGAACUUCGCUUCUGGAGAGAGGAAUUCGCUACUCUUCCUGCCCCUCUGCCUCUGUUUCCUUUCAAGGAUGUCACGCAUCGUCGUCCAGUAACCACAUACGCGCAGAACAUGGUCGACCACCGACUCGACCAAGCUCUAGGCCUCAAGAUUAGGGAGGUCGCUCGCAAGAACCAUGCAACUUCAUUCCACUUCUUCCUCACUGCGAUGAAAGCACUCCUAUUCCGAUUAUUGGAUACGGAUGACCUCUGUAUCGGUAUCGCCGACGCUAACAGAUCCGAGAAGAACGCCAUGGAGGUCAUGGGUCUGUUUCUGAAUCUCCUGCCGUUGCGCUUCCGGGAGGUUAAGAAACAAUCUUUCGCGCAAGCCAUCAAGGAGACCCGCGACAAAGCGUAUGCUGCUCUUGCAAACGACCGGCUACCAUUCGACACAUUGGUUAAUGAGCUGAAUAUUCAGAGAGACGUUACCUACAGUCCGCUGUUCCAAGCAUUCUUCGAUUAUCGUCAGACAACCCCUGAGAAGCAACCCUUCGGAAAUUGCACAACUGAUGAUGAUAUCUGGGAUUUCGGUCGCACCUCGUAUGAUUUCAACAUCGACAUCAUGGAGAGUAUUACUGGGGAUUCCGUCAUCACACUCAAAACUCAGGCAGGCUUGUAUUCAAGAGAGGAUACAGAACAACUCAUGAGCAUGUACAUCAAUUUGUUGCAAGCUUUCGUUGCAAGCGCCAGAGUACGACUGGAUGACCCAACUGUUGCUACUCCUGAUGAAACAAAACAAGUGGCAUUGCUUGGUGAAGGCAAUUCAAUGAUCCCGGAAUGGCCGGCAACACUGGUCCACCGAAUAGAUGACAUUAUCAAGCAACAUCCAGACAGAAUCGCUGUCAAGGACGGAAAUAACACGAUUCUGACAUACAUCGAGUUGCUCGAACGGGUCCAAGGGAUCGCCUUGGCAUUGGUCAAAAGUGGUGUGACGGCUGGGUCAAGGGUGGCAAUGUUCCAGGAGCCGUCUGUAGACUUUGUCUGUUCCAUGCUUGCGAUCCUGCGCAUCAACGCGGUCUAUGUCCCUCUCGAUCUUCGCAAUCCCAUACCCCGUCUUGCCAGAACUGUCGCUAAUUGCCAGACUGUCGCAAUUCUUGCCCACGACAAGACCAUGUACGAUUGUCCGGGGCUGAGCUCUACCGCGACGAUAAUCAACGUCACGGGUCUGUCAUCUUCUGAGACCAUUCCUAUAUCGGCUCUUCCAGGAAGUCCAUCAAUGAUACUGUACACGAGCGGAUCGACUGGAGAACCUAAAGGCAUCGUGCUCCUUCACUCCGGAUUGGCCAAUGAGCUCGAGGGGUUCACAAAGGAAUAUGAAGUCAAAGCUGAGACGAUCUUGCAACAAAGCGCAGUUAGUGUUGAUAUCUGUAAUGCCCAGGUCUUCACUGCUCUCACUCUUGGUGGCACGCUUUACGUCGUUCCCAAGGAGAAGCGUGGCGAUCCACUUGAGUUGACCAAUCUGAUUCUCAAAGAGAAAAUCACUUACACCAAGGCCACUCCAUCCGAAUACUCAGUCUGGAUCCGGUAUGGCAAGGACGUAUUGUCUCGUUGUACACAGUGGAAGACCGCUUGGAGUGCUGGUGAGAGUCUGGCCCCGCAGCAAGCUCUUGAGUUCCGGACCUUGGGCUUGCAACAGCUUCGCUUGUUCAAUUCAUAUGGUCCUGCAGAGAUUUCGAUAUCUUGCACGAAAAUUGAGAUACCAUACUGGAAUGAAGACGACCUUGUAAUUUCUGCUGGUCGCCCAAUCCCGAACUACUCAAUCUAUGUCGUUGACAAAGCCCUCAAGGGACUCCCUGCUGGCGUCGUUGGGGAGAUCUGCAUUGGUGGGCCUGGAGUCGCGCCAGGUUAUCUUCAUAAUGACGAGCUUACUAAGUCGAAAUUCAUACCGAAUCCUUUCGCAACCGCAGAUCAGAAAAGUCGUGGCUGGACUAGAAUGUACCGCACCGGUGAUCGUGGAUAUUUGGCUUCAGAUGGCACGCUACUGUUCAAAGAACGUAUCAAUGGAGACACCCAAGUCAAGCUGCGUGGCCUUCGAAUCGAACUUGGCGACAUCGAAAGCACAAUCGUUCGAGCUGGAAAUGGCAUGGUAACCGAAGCAAUCGCUUCAGUGGUUGGAGAUCCUGCUUUCAUUGUGGCACACGUUGUGUUAUCGAAUGUGGAAUCCGAGAAUCAGCAAUCCUUCCUAAGCGAUCUCCAAGCAAAAUUGGAACUCCCUCAAUAUAUGGUCCCAGCUUUGAUCAUACCAUUGGACAAACUACCACUCACGCCCCAAGCAAAGGUAGACAGGCGAGCCAUCCAAGCCUUGCCUUUACCAACAGCCGCCUCCCAGCCGAAAUCACACCACGAACUCACCACAAUUGAGAUCCAAGUCGCCAACAUCUGGGCAAAAGUCAUUCCAGAGCAAAUCCUCGGUAGUGUGAUGCUAGAUGCUGACACGGACUUCUUCAAGAUUGGCGGUAACUCACUCCUCCUCGUCAGACUGCAAUCCAUGAUCCGAGAGCGUUUCAAUAUCGUACUUCCGCUCGUCAAGCUCUACGAGUGCAGCACACUCGGCAAACUAGCAGCUGUGAUCCAAGAGUCCUCUGUACUACAGCCCAUCAUCUGGGAAGACGAAGUCAGACUCAAGAUCUCGCACGUCCGCGGUGCUGAGCUCGAGAACCUCAAACCUCUCAGAACGACAAAGAACAAACGAGUGCUCCUCACAGGUGCUACCGGAUAUCUAGGGAAACACAUCCUCGCCCAACUCGCACUAGACCCAACCGUAGCAGAAAUCCACUGCGUCGCCAUCCGCUCAAAAGAAGGCCAAGGUCUCGAAGAAUCCCGGAUCAAGAACCCCUCCGACAAAAUCAUCGAAUACGGCGGCGAUCUCUCAUCUCGUCGUCUUGGGCUCUCAGCCGAAGACUUCCACUCCCUCACUGAAUCCAUCGACCUCAUCAUCCACAGCGGCGCCAACCGCGCCUUCUGGGAAGACUACCGCGUGCUGAAGAAAACCAACGUCUCCUCUACAAUCGAACUCGUCAACCUCGCCGCCCGCCGCAAGAUCCCCAUUCAUUUUCUCUCGUCUGGAGGUGUACUCCUCCUCGGCGAUGUCAAACAUCCACAAAUCCACCCCGUUUCUGUCGCGCAGUCUACGCCUCCUGAAGAUGGAUCGAAUGGUUACGUGGCGUCGAAAUGGGCCGCUGAAGUCUAUCUUCAGAAUGCAGCGAAGAGACUGCGUAUACCCGUUUUCAUCCACCGCACUACUCCAUGCUCCCAGGAGAACAGCAGUAUCCCAGCCGGAAUGCUCGACUCCAUCGUCCGCCUCUCAACCCAAAUCAAAGCUUUCCCCAUCCUAGACGACUGGGCCGGAAGUCUGGACCUCAUGUCCGUAGACAGUAUGGCGCGGGACGUGCUCUCCACCACAUUUACCAAUUCCUCACCCUCGUCCUCCUCCAACACAACCGAAGACGCCGAGACCAAAAAACCAAUCUUCAUCCACCACGCCAGCCACGUCAAGAUCUCAUCUGAGGAGAUCAGCCGUGUGCUACGACCAUAUGUCGAACUAGGCAUGGGCGGCUUCGAGAAAAUCAGUUUGCUGAAGUGGAUUGGGAGGUUGAAGGGUGCGGGCUUUGGGUACUUUGUUGCGAGUCAGGAUGCGAGUAUGAGGGGUGGUGGAGGGGAGGGAGGGGAAGGAGGAGGAGCGUUUGUUUCGAGGAGGUGA